AUGAGCUCCCUCGCCGACAUGUUCCCCCCAGGGACUGACCUAUGUCAACUACCAGCUGGCAAACCCCCCAGCGGAGAGACCAUUGACUUCAAGGACCCGGGUCUCAAAUCACUGGCCAUCUCCAUAAGCGUCAUUCUAACCACGAUCGCUGUACUCGUCGGCCUUGGGAGGCUUUAUGCCAAUUUCCGGAAGCUAACGCUGAGUGACUUAUUCGUGCUGUUGGCCAUUCUAGUCAAUAUCGCCCAAGCCGGCACGAUCAUUGCUUACACAUAUGGAACUUUCCUCUUUGCUGGUCCUCUGGACAAUCCGAGCUGGUGGGAUAUCUCUGGCAGGUCCUCUUUGAUUUCAGCCUGUUCUUUCGCCAAAACAGCCACCCUUAUGCUCUUCUACCAGCUUUUCACUAUCUCGUGUCCAAUGCGCAUAGCGAUAUGGGUCGGUAUUGCUGCUGUCUUCUUGUUAUAUGCGUUGAGCAUAUGCCUCUCGUCUUAUUUCGCAGCGCCUCACAUCAGCCAAACCUGGGACGAGCUCUUGGUUGAGGAGGUCGGAACAAUCGUGUUUUUUCUGCUCAACCUAUCGAGAAAGAGGAAGAUACAGCUCAUGGCGUUGUUCUUCAUAGGCUUCCUUGGGGUGAUCGCUAGUCUGCUCUCUCUCGUCUACAGAGUGAAGUCGAUACAAGGGACCCCUGACACCACCUACAACACUAGGGUGCUAAUGAUCUGCAACCUCGUAGAAAUGGAUGUGGCACUGAUCGUAUGUUCAACCACGGCCUUUGCGGGCUUCAUGCGCCUUCACGUCAUGGAGUCGCGUGUGUUCAAGAACCUUCGCUCGACGCUUAGAGGCAGCCGGAGCGGCAACAGUCGGUCCAACCUAGUCGCCACAGGCCCCAACCGUCCGCGGACAGAGCGUGAACACCCGCCGGGACAGAAGCGAGGACUGAGGAAUAUGACCGGCUACAUUGAGAUGAGCGACACUUGGCUUCUCAACAGCGGGGCCACAACCAAUGUUGAAGGGCCAAAGCACGACCAGAAGUCAGAUGUUGAGGAGAUUGACGGCUUGAGGGUGCUCAGGACGGUCGAUGUGGAACACAUGCCAGCUUUGGCAGACCCUUACGGGCACGGGGUUUGA